UGUUCAGACGUAUCAUGUGAUUUGUUCUUGCUGGCACCCUGCUUGAGUAGCUAUGUCAAAAUAAUUGUCAUUUUGACAGGACGGGUUUAGAAAACGAACGCGUUUUACCAAAAAGGGAGUCUACAAGAUGCAGAACGUGAUAAACACAGUGAAAGGCACGGCACUCGGAGUGGCUGAGUUCCUCACCCCAGUGUUGAAGGAAUCGAAAUUCAAAGAGACUGGAGUCAUUACACCAGAGGAGUUUGUAGCAGCUGGAGAUCACUUGGUUCACCACUGUCCCACAUGGAAAUGGGCCAGUGGGGAAGAGGUCAAGGUGAAGCCAUAUUUGCCUCAGGAUAAACAGUUUCUCUUGACACGCAAUGUUCCCUGUUAUAAGCGUUGUAAACAGAUGGAGUAUUCAGAUGAGCUGGAAGCCAUCAUAGAAGAGGAUGAUGGAGAUGGGGGCUGGGUGGACACUUACCACAACUCAGCAGGUGUGUUAGGAGUCACAGAUGCUGUACGAGAAAUUUCACUGGACAAUAAUAAGGACAAGAAUAUGAAUGCCACAUCUGCAGCAUGUUGUGACGAUGAUGAUGAAGAUGAUGAUGAAGAUGGAGAAGCAGCAGAUAUGGAAGAAUACGAGGAAAGUGGCUUGUUGGAAACAGAUGAGGCAACCCUGGACACCAGUAAAAUGGUGGAAACUAAAGCCAAAGCAGAGCCUGGGAGUGAAGAUGCCAUCCUUCAGACUAGAACAUAUGACCUGUACAUCACGUAUGAUAAAUACUACCAGACCCCUCGACUCUGGCUGUUUGGAUAUGAUGAAGACAGGCAACCACUGACUGUAGAACAGAUGUACGAGGACAUCAGCCAGGACCAUGUGAAGAAGACAGUCACUAUUGAGAACCACCCACACCUUCCUCCACCUGCCAUGUGCUCUGUCCACCCCUGCAGACAUGCUGAAGUGAUGAAAAAGAUCAUUGAGACUGUGGCAGAAGGAGGUGGAGAGCUGGGAGUACACAUGUAUCUUCUGAUUUUUCUCAAGUUUGUCCAGGCUGUCAUUCCCACAAUAGAAUACGACUACACAAGACACUUCACCAUGUAGCUUCAUGAAUCUGCCUCUGCUAAUAAUGCGUAUGUGGGAAGGAUCAGCUCUCCUGCCUCUAUGUUCAGAUUAUAUCUGGUCUGGUCUGAUUACAACUGGUUUGUGGAGUAUUUGUUUUACGCUGAGACACCUUCUUUGUGUACAGGAAUGUUGGAGGUAUGUGACAAAACAGUCUGUUAAAGGAACAGUCUGUUGUUUUGGGAAACAGGCUUAUUUUUCUUGAAACCGAGAGUCAGAUAAGAAGAUCAAUAUCAGUUUAAAACUGCAUGAAAAAUACACUUUUCAUCAAGUUCGUGUUGUAUCUUUUUAUUUCACUUGUGGAAAAUAGAAAUGUAAAAACAACACACUUCAUAGCAUUCUAGCUAACAACUGUUUAAAUUGUGGAAUUUAUCAUUUGUGACUAAGCUGGCUAGUAGUUUCCCCCUACUUUCAGUGAUUGUGUUAAGCUAUUUCUGUACUAGACACAUUGAAUUGAAACUGAUAUCUAUCCUUUCCUCUGACUCUGGCUUCUUCCCAAAAGUUGGGACAGUUCCUCUGGUGUCUCUCAAACAGUUAUUGUUCAGAAGAUUUCUGUUGCUGCCACUAAAACUUACCCCAUUCCACGCUGCAUCAAAUGUAACCCUCCCCGUGCAAAGUGUUUGGAAAACAGGCCUGGGUUAGACAAUCCUGCCUUCAGUAUCAGCCACACAGAAGUAAAGGGUAACUUACGUGUGUUUCAGCCUGGAUGUUAUUUUCCCAUGAUUUUUCUGUUAAAGUGACUAAUAAGGAUAACAAGUUUUGUAUUUGGUCCAGUAUUGAGCCUGCAGCUGCAAAACAAAAUCCUUGGGGGGAAAAUUGCAUACCAUCAGUGUACAUCCAUCAAAAGUGUUUGUAUUUGUUACUGACAGGCUCAGAUUUUAUUAUAAGUAUCUGACAACACAAAUGUACAGAGGAAUUAAGAGAACUUCUGUUCCUUUCACUUGAUCUGCUAUGUGUCUAACCGGGUGUCAGAGCUACAACAAAUAUCCCAGCGGGGAUCAAAUUACUGGUGCUUAUAAUGGACGUAAUGCUGGUUCACAUAAACCCACAAGGAUUAAGUUGUAAACCGUUUCACGACUGCAGCUUGCAGCGCUCUCUCUCAAUACUAGACCGAAUCCGAAGGCUGUUGUCCCCAUUAGUCACUUUGACACAAGAAACAUGGGAAAAUGUUCCAGGUUGAAAAAAAACCCAGGUUAGUCAUUAAAUUAUUUUUUUGUUUUGUUACUUGAUGAAUGUUAGUCCAAUAUUCACU